AUGCGUCUCGCGCUCGCCAAAGGUUAUGCGGUGCUGGAAAGAGGCGGCUCGGCCCUGGACGCCGUUACGGCUGCAGUCUCGGCGAUGGAGGAUGACGAAAACUUCAAUGCUGGCAGAGGCGCCGUCUUCAAUGCGCACGGCAACAUCGAGAUGGAAGCGAGCAGUGAGUCGUGUAGGUGAAGCUGCUUCGCUACCGAGCAUAUGCUGACCCGAUCCUUGGCCUCAGUCAUGACCUCCCGACCACCUCCCACCACCGACACGACUUUCUCCCAAGAUGAAAAGGAAGCCAGCACCCUUCGCUCUUCUGCUGCAAUGGGAGACGCAGCCGUUCUUCCGCUACCUUCACAAUCGAUUCCACCACAUCGGCGCUGCAUGUCGGCCACGCUCUUGCGUCAUGCUCGAAAUCCAAUUCAACUGGUCAGAGCGCUCUAUCUCAAUCCUACGCAAGUUCCUCAUCCGUAUCUUUCCUCUUCAGAAGCAGAGGUGCUCGGCUUCAAGCUUCAUGGUUCCCGACCCGCUCCGCUCUCGUACUUUUGGACUCGGAGGAGGUGGCUCGAGCACAGACGGGGGCUGGGCCUCUCUGAUGAUCUGCCAUAUCUCGCAGAGCAUCAGCAGGAGGUUGACAUUUCAAGCUUGCGCGCGGACAGCGAAAGAGAGCGACACCACGAGUUCCCUCCACCGUCCUACUCUGAGCAGACACCAUCGCUAUACCGAUCGUCGGACACACAGAGCUACAAAAGGUCUUCAUUCGAGUCUUCGGGCUCGAGCGCGGGUCCCGAGACCCCAUCGAUGUCGGUUCACGAUGAUGCAUCCCUGCGCGAGCAUCAGCCGAGGUCGAGCAUAGAGACUGACGAAGAUGAUUUCGAUCCUGCUUCCCUGCCGCAAGGCACAGUGGGUGCUGUAGCGCUUGACUCGCACGGAACGGUAGCUUGUGCUACCUCUACCGGCGGAAAGAGGAACAAAAUGCAAGGUCGCAUUGGAGACACGCCAACGCCCGGUGCUGGAUUCUGGGCAGAGGAGUGGGCGGUGCAAGCAUCAGCCGAGGUUCCUCCAAUUGACAAUUUCCAGCUCGGGAUGCGGGCCAGCAGCGAGACGUCUCAAUGCGCAAGCUCGACUAA